AAUGAGUGCAAUGUUGGAAACCCCCGAGCUGCCGGCGGUGUUUGAUGGGGUGAAGCUUGCUGCAGUUGCUGCUGUUCUGUAUGUUAUUGUUCGCUGCUUGAAUUUGAAAAGCCCGACUGCCCCUCCUGAACUCAUUUACCAGGACUCUGCUUUGGCCCGCUUUCUACUCAAAUCCUGCCCACUUUUGACCAAAGAGUACAUUCCACCCCUGAUCUGGGGGAAGAGUGGACAUAUCCAGACUGCCCUUUACGGAAAGAUGGGGAGAGUGAGAUCACCACAUCCGUACGGACUUCGCAAGUACCUCACAAUGCCAGAUGGAGCAACAGCCACCUUUGAUCUCUUUGAGCCGCAGUCUGAGCACUGCAUUGGAGAGGACGUCACGAUGGUAAUCUGCCCUGGGAUUGCUAACCACAGUGAAAAGCAGUAUAUCCGUACUUUUGUUGACUAUGCUCAAAAAAAUGGGUACAGAUGUGCUGUCCUGAAUCACCUGGGAGCCUUGCCAAACAUUGAGCUCACUUCUCCACGAAUGUUCACGUACGGUUGCACCUGGGAAUUUAGUGCCAUGGUUAAUUCCAUCAAGAAGACCUACCCUCAGACCCAGCUGGUUGUCGUGGGCUUCAGCCUGGGUGGAAACAUUGUGUGCAAAUACCUGGGAGAGAGCCAGGCCAACCAGGAGCGAGUCCUGUGCUGUGUCAGUGUGUGCCAGGGAUACAGUGCACUGAGGGCACAGGAAACCUUCAUGCAGUGGGAUCAAUGUAGAAGAUUUUAUAACUUCCUCAUGGCAGACAACAUGAAGAAGAUCAUCCUUUCUCACAGGCAAGUUCUUUUUGGAGAUAACAUGAAGAAGCCACAAAGCCUGUCAGAUGCUGAUCUGAGCAAACUCUAUACAGCAACAUCCCUUAUGCAGAUUGAUGAUAACGUUAUGAGGAAGUUCCAUGGCUACAGUUCCCUAAAGGAAUACUAUGAAGAAGAAAGCUGCCUGCAUUACUUGCACAGGAUCUAUGUUCCUCUUCUGUUGGUUAAUGCUGCUGAUGACCCUCUUGUACAUGAGAGUCUUCUAUCAAUUCCAAGAGCUCUUUCAGAGAAACGGGAAAAUGUCAUGCACGUGCUGCCCCUUCAUGGAGGUCACCUGGGAUUUUUUGAGGGAUCUGUACUAUUCCCAGAACCUCUUACCUGGAUGGAUAAACUUGUGGUACAGUAUGCCAAUGCCAUCUGCCAGUGGGAGAAGACAAAGUCUCAAUGCUCGGACUCAGAGCAGGCUGUAUCUGGGCAGGAGUGAUUGACCCAAAGACUCUGGAUUGUUUCAGUAUAUCUCCCACUUUGGGAACAUCUUGUUCCCUCACCUGCUGCUUCAGGUUUCCAUUCUCCUUGAUAUCUUAUGGUCGGGGUUUGAUCACAAUGUUUUCUGAAGUGGAGUUGCAGCAGAGGUUAAUAUCUGAUCAGAGCAUCUUUGCAUAUAUAGUCACUUGGGUUUGUAAUUUACUGCUCUGCUUGGAGAAUUUGGUUGUUGAUUGUGACUUGUUACAGGGUUAUUGAGGUGAGGACUGCUUGCUUUAGUAUAGCAGAAGUUUUAAGUGUCAAAAUCCCUUCACCUGCUGGUCAAAAAACUUGGUCUGCAGCAUUUGUUUAGGUGCAGAUGACAGAGUAACUAUGACUGUUCUCUUCUGUCCCAGUGCUGGAAAAACCCUGUACCAAGCCACAAGCCAGUGAGUAGUUCAGUCUGUAAGCUGCUAAGAUGUGGCUUGGAAAAACAAAUGCUUGACUGCAAGUGGAGUUCCAGCCUUGCAUCUUCUCAAGGGAGCCUUUUGCUUCCUAGGAAUGCAUUUACACAAGUCAAUC